AUGAAGUACAGUUUUCUCGUGUUUCUCGCUUUAUGUGCCGCUUACGGCAACAAUGUAGCGGUGUUCACAACUACGCAGACGCCACCUGGAGAUUCUGCUGUUACGCAAUCCACUUCCACUGACCAGGUGACGGGAACCGGGCAUGUAACAUCGUCUGGAGAAGGGUCGCACUCUGGAUCAUCUGAAAGUGCACAAAAAGGUCCUCAAGCAGACAAUCUGCAAUCGACUGGAUUCAGUGCACAAAGUCAUGAACCAACAAAUCCACAAGGGGGUGGAUCCCAUAGCGGAGGCUCCGCCGCACCCGCUGCCAGCGGAAGCAGUUCUCCCAGUUCCCCAGCAAGUCCAAGUGCACAGGCUGCGGCAAGUCAGGUUCAACCCAUCACCAAGAAAGCCGAGAUUAAGUCUGCACUGCUAAAGAACUUCACAGGGGUGAAGGUGACGGGUCCCUGCGAUACAGAGGUAGGACUGUUCCUCAUUCCUUACAUUUACAUUUCUGUGAAGGUCGCGGACAACGACAUAGAACUGUCUACCAAGUUCCCCAACGCGGAUAACAUAAUGGUACAGUUUAGUGAUGACGGCAAAACCAUGACUAACAAAUGUGAUAAGGAUCCUCAAAAGACGUUUAAGUUUAUAGUGUACCUGGAGGACAACAUACUGACCCUCAAGUGGAUCGUCUACCCGUUAAGUGACAGUAAGGAUAAGUGGAGCAGAAAAAUAAGAAGUGGGGGCAUCCGUAUCAGGAGUACGGGGAAACAAAAAAAAAAAAAGUAUACCUAA